CGUUCGUUGGAUCGAGGACGACGUGAAGUCAGGAGGGGCGUACGCUUCUUCAGUGUCCCCUCCAUCACCCACUCCGAGGCCUUCUCUGCACCCAGGCAAACAUAGACUUGCAGACGGCACGAGAGCAUCCUUCACAUUUACGCGACCAGCGACCCUCAACCGCGCACAUUGCCAUCGCCCAUCAUGUCGCGCCUCCAACGCCCAGAGACGGUUCUCAAGCGAGCCGAAGAGUUGAUUGGCGUCGGUCAGACGACAGCCGCCCUGUCUGCAUUGUCAGAGAUCUUUGCGCUUCGCUCAUUCAAGCAGACUCCCUUGGCAUCCUUGGAGCCAAUCAUGAUCCGCUUUACGGAUCUUUGCGUUGACCUACGUAGAGGUAGACUUGUCAAGGAUGGACUGGUUCAGUACAAGAACGUUUCGCAGAACACCAAUGCUGGAAGUAUUGAUGUGGUCAUCAAGCACCUCAUCAGCCUUUCGGAGCAAAAGGUGGCGGAUGCUCAGGCCAAGGCUGACGAAGCUGCCAAGGAGGUGGAAGUGGAUGAUCUUGAAGAGAGCGAGACGCCCGAGAGCAUGCUCCUCGGUGCUGUCACUAGCGAGGAGAGCAAAGAUCGUACAGAUCGCGCCUUGGUCACGCCUUGGCUCAAGUUCCUGUGGGAGACCUAUCGCACAUCGCUCGACAUUUUGCGCAACAAUGCGCGCCUCGAAGUUCCAUACCAGCAAGUCGCACACCGCGCUCUUCAGUUCUGCCUGCAGUACGAGCGCAAGACCGAAUUCAGACGUCUUUGCGACUUGCUGCGCAUCCACCUGCAAAAUGUGGCACGGUAUUCCCACCACACGCAUGCGAUCAACCUCACUGAGCCCGACACCCUUCAGCGACACCUUGACACACGCUUCUCCCAGCUCAAUGCUGCAGUCGAGCUCGAGCUUUGGCAAGAGGCGUUCCGGUCUGUUGAGGAUGUGCACAACCUUCUCACCAUGGCGAAGAAAGCUCCCCGUCCAUCGAUGAUGGCUAAUUACUACGAGAAGCUCACCAAGAUCUUCAUGGUAUCCGACAACAACCUCUUCCACGCUGCGGCAUGGAACCGCUACUACUCUUUGGCUCGUGGAGGCAUCAAGACGGAGGAAGAGCACACUCGCUACGCCUCUUUUGUCUUGCUGAGCGCCCUCGCUGUGCCAGUCAUCAGCAGCAAUGCUCCUGGCACGGGAAACAUGAACAAAUCAAAGUCGGAUUUCCUGCUCGGCGACGUCGAGACACGAAGCCGUACCGGUAGACUCACCUCGCUCCUCGGCCUCACCCGCACCCCAACCCGAGCGGGUCUGCUGAAAGAGGCAUUGAGCCGUAACAUACUUCGCCGUGUUCGCCCAGAGCUUCGCGAGCUGUACAAUAUUCUCGAAGUCGAGUUUCACCCUCUUUCAAUUUGCGCAAAGAUCGAGCCGAUCAUCAAUCAGAUUGCGCAGGACGAAGAGAUGGCCAAGUACGUCAAGCCUCUUCACAGCGUCGUUCUGACCCGACUCUUUCAGCAGCUCAGCCAGGUGUACGACGCCGUCAAGCUUACCAGAGUCAUGGACCUCGUUGCUGCAUUCAAGGCGCCCAACAACUACACCCCUGCGGACGUUGAAAACUUCUGCCUGAACGCUGCAAAGCGUGGUCACCUCGACAUUCGAGUAGACCACGUUACGCAGGCAAUCACUUUCCAAGACGAUGUCUUCGCCGCAGAAGCGCAUCCUGCCUCCUUCACCAGUGCCGGUGCUGAGACUGACGUGACAAAACUCCAACAGACGCCAGGCGAGCUCGUUCGCACACAGCUGGCGCGUCUCGCUGGCUGUCUCGACACGACGGUGAAGAUCAUCGAUCCAGCAGAGCUCGAGGCUGCGCAAGCCGCCAAACGCGAUAUCUUUGCUCGCGCUGUGGACAGUGCAGAGAAGGAGCACAAAGCUGCGGUGGCUCGCAAAGCGAUCCUGGAAAAGCGCAAGGAACUCCUCGAGGAGCGAGCCGCACGCAAAGAGAAGGACGAAGCUGCUGCUCGUGCCGAGCGCCAGCGCGCCGCGCAAGCUGCCGAAGAGAAGCGGGCAGAAGAAGAAAAGCGCAAUCGCGAGCUCGAGCGCAUCCGCAAGGAAAUGGAGCAGGUCAAGCAAGACGAGGCCAAGAAGCUCGCGCAAAGCCUUCGCGAGAAGGGUGGACUCAAGCUCACAGAGGAAGAGUACGCCAACUUGGACACAGACAAGCUCGUUCAAUUGCAAGUUGAGCAGAUUGAGCGCGAGAAGAAAGAGCUAGCAGACCGUCUCCGUAUCAUUCACCGUCGCAUGGACCACUUGGAGCGUGCCUACCGGCGCGAGGAGCUGCCUCUCGUUGAGGCUGACUACGAGCACCAGAAGGAGGAAGACAAAGCAAACCAUGUGCAGGCGCAAGCUACGCUGGUCGAGACCUUGCGUCAGAAGCACGCUUCUGACCUCCAGCUGAAGAAGCGGCUGCAGCGUAUUCUGCCAGACUAUGGCGAGUUGAGGAGGGUCAUCGAAGGCAAGCGCAAAGAGGAAAUGGAAGCUAGACAAGCUCGUGCAAACGACCAGAUCGAGGAAGAGAAGCAAAAGAGGCGGGUCCAGGUUGCUGCGGAGAAGGAAGAGGCCGCAAAACGCGCCGAGGAAGAACGCAUUCGCGCUGCCGAAGAGGAAGAGCGUCAAAGACUUCGACGCGAGGAGGAGGACCGUCAGGCCGAGCAGCGCCGUCUCGAAGCGGAGAAGGAAGCCGAGCGCGAAGCCGAGCAAAGGGCAGCGAUCGAGGCCCGGCAAGCUCAGCUGCGGGAGCAGGCGGAGAAGCAGAGAGCGAGAGAGCAGGAGAUCGAGGAGAGGAUGCGCGCCAAGGAGGCAGAACGACGUGCUGGCCCAGCCGCCACCCCUGCAGCAGGAGGCGAACGGUCGUGGCGAGGUGCUGCACCAGCUGGCGCAGUCGCUGCCGCACGUGACGCUAGCCCGGCUUCUGGCGUUGCGCCGCCCCGCUUUGCCGGUGUCAAACCGGGAAGCUGGAGAGAGAAGGAGCUUGCUCGCAAAGCUGCGGAGGCCAGCGGAGAGACGGCCCCAUCCACUGGUACCUCCACGCCCGUGCCAGCUGCGGCAGUAGCCAACGGUACCUCCAGCCCCUCACGUGGACCUGCAUCCUCUUCCAGUCCGGCACCUACCCCUGCUGCCGCCGCUGCUCCUUCUGCCUCAUCCGGCCCUCCACGGGUGUUCGGCAAGAGCACCGGUGGAUGGAGAGAACGUGAAGCAGCAAGGGGCACUGCUGGCGAUGCUGCGCCAACAUCUGGCGCAGCCACGCCGUCAAGACCUCGAGAAUCGUCCAAUGGGCCUUCAGCUGCCGCGGACGGCUUCCAAGAGGUUCCACGUCGUAACCCCAAUGCGUACAGGUGAGGCUCACUUCCAUUGGGCGUACUUGCACUCGUUCGCUGACCGCUCCUUUCUCUAAUCUGACUGCUUCAGACCGCCUGGCGCUCGCAAGUAG